AUGGCUGGAAUGGGGGUUGAUGGGGCACGGCAGGCGGAUGAUAACCACAAGGGUGGGGGGGUUGGGGGCGGCGGACCCAUGCCUCGGGAGGAGGUGGAGGCGGGGAAGGCGGAGGGAUUGCGGAAGGCGUGGGGGGAGGCAGCAGGGGGGGUUGUAACAGAAUGGUUUAGCAAUGCAUUCAUGGAAGAGUUGUCCGACCAAGUCAUGAGGGAGAGUAAGGGUGGGAAUGAUAUUUAUAUAAAGGGGGGAGGGGAGGAGCAUGUGGAUGAGGCAGAUGAGGAGGAGGAGGAGGAGGAGGAGGAGGAGGAGGAGGAGGAGGAGGAGGAGGAGGAGGAGGAGGAGGAGGAGGAGGAGGAGGAGGAGGAGGAGGAGAAUAAGAAGGUGACAAACUCAGAGGAAGAGAUGUACAAUGCUGAGGAUGAUGAGGUUGAGGAGGAUAGGGAAGAGGACUUUGCUGCAUUGGAAAAUGAGGAAGAGGGGGCCACAAAAACACUACGAGGUCUACAACGGGCUACAAAGGCGGAUGCGAAGGGGAAACGUGCUAUGGCCGACCAGGAACCUUCUAAGAAGCGUGGUGGCGGAUUGAGGCGGGGUCGAGGCGUGCCACGAGUCUUCCCGAAUCAUGAUUCUGGCCCCCAAACACGGUACCCGGGCACCCCAUUGGGAAAGGCCGCCAAGGUGGCCAUGGUGGAUGACAAAGUGGGAGUGGACUUGGAUGAGGAGUUGUGA